GACAUAGUCGAGGAAGUUGGGAAAGAUGCUACUGUCAUCAUCCUCUUUAGUUCGAGCAUUGCCGGUUAAUCGUUUGAAUUCGUUUUGUAAACCGGCGAAUCCACGGACGGCAGUGAAGAUUCAGGCCAUGGCAAAGGAAGGAAGCGAGAGCGAAGGGGGCAUUGCAGAGACGUUGGCAAUAGCCGGGGGGUUAGUGGCGACCCCAGUGAUCGGUUGGUCGCUGUACACCCUGAAAACAACCGGGUGCGGGCUGCCGCCGGGGCCAGGCGGGUCACUCGGCGCAUUGGAAGGCGUCAGCUACUUGGCGGUGGUGGGCAUCGUGGGUUGGUCGGCAUACACGAAGACGAAAACUGGAUCUGGCCUGCCCAACGGCCCUUUUGGGCUAUUGGGCGCGGUGGAAGGUCUGUCGUACUUGAGUUUAUUGGCUAUCUUGGUCGUUUUUGGGUUGCAGUACUUCGAACAGGGGUACAUCCCCGGCCCUCUUCCGGCUGAUCAGUGCUUUGGUUGACGAUUCUCUUCUUUAACCAUUUGGGGUCUAUCUUGUGGUGAAUGUAUGUGGCUGUUGUUUCUCCUAGUUUUGGUUUGAUUGUGUUUUCUUCUCUUUCAUUGCGCAUAGGACUUUCCCUGUUAUUUGGGUUUCAUAUGUAAUAUAAUCAAACAAAUUUAAGUUAAUUAUGUUGUUUGCAAUUCCUC